AAAAAACUAAAUGUCAAAAAACAAAUUUGACAUUGACAUGACGAUUUCUGUUUUCUGUCUUUUUGAGUUCUCUCCGCAACUUUUGCAAUCAUGGCGGUGAACAACAUUUCUAAAAAGCGAAAAUUCGUCGGCGACGGAGUUUUCAAGGCUGAAUUGAAUGAGUUCCUUACUAGGGAACUCGCCGAAGAUGGAUACUCGGGUGUGGAAGUACGUGUUACCCCAACCAAGUCCGAAAUCAUCAUCAUGGCAACUAGGACACAGAGUGUAUUGGGAGAGAAAGGCCGUAGGAUCCGUGAAUUGACCUCUGUAGUUCAAAAGAGGUUCAAUAUCCCAGAGAACUCUGUUGACUUGUAUGCUGAGAAGGUCGCUACCAGGGGUCUUUGUGCUAUCGCUCAAGCUGAAUCACUCAGAUACAAACUUAUUGGAGGUCUGGCUGUCCGUCGUGCAUGCUAUGGUGUGCUCAGAUUCAUCAUGGAGUCUGGUGCCCGUGGUUGUGAAGUGGUUGUCUCUGGCAAGCUCCGAGGUCAGCGUGCCAAGUCCAUGAAGUUUGUUGAUGGACUUAUGAUCCACUCUGGUGACCCAUGCAAUGACUAUGUCAACACUGCUACCCGACACGUCUUGCUCAGACAGGGUGUACUUGGUAUUAAGGUCAAGAUCAUGUUGCCAUGGGACCAACAGGGCAAGAACGGCCCCAAGAAGCCACAACCUGACCACAUCCUGGUGACUGAACCCAAAGACGAGCCCGUGCCCCUGGAGCCUACGUCCGACGUGCGCUCUAUCGCGCCAGUCCCCAUUCCACAGGCCGUGCCCGCUGUCGCCUAGGCUAAGUCAAUAAACUUUAAAAUCUA